CUGGGACAGGUCCGUAGCUUAGCUGCAGACUGAGCUGGAGCAGAUCUCACACCAGAAUGCAUAUCUGACCAAGCCCCAGAGGCUCAGUCCACCGGACCCCAACAAUGGACUGUCUUGGAACCGGCCCUCAGAUCGCACUUGGUUCUAAGGAGCCGGAAUUGAAGUAAUCUCUGCGAUCUCCACGGAGCCAAAAGUUCCAGAGGUUUCUCUUUAAACCGUAGAGAAGACCGCCCGCGCAGCCUCUCUUAAGCGCAAAGAGCUGUGAACCAAAAGGCCAGGGUGUGGUCGCCCCUACCCUCGCCCCCUUCCUGACAGCCCCGCCCCCUUGGCAACGCUCGACUGCGGGGAUUGGCUGCUGGCAAGGGAGCGAGCCCCGCCUCCAGUCUUAUGACCCGGGCUGGAACCGCGGGUUCUGGCUUUUGCAACGUCGUGGUCGGUGGUCAGCGGUCCUCUGUCCUUGGAUCGGCGGCCCCUGUGCCCCCCCCCCCGCUCUUGCUGUCCUAGAAGCCGACGCCGUCACCCGCCUGCUGCCGCCGUCGCCCUCCCGCGGAAUCAUGGUGUGCUUCCGCCUCUCCUGGGUUCCGGGCUCGGUGCUGUUCUCCCUCUGCCUCAUCUUGGGUGCAGUUCCAUCUUAUGCAUUGGAAGUUAAUCUGACAGAUUCAGAAAAUGCUACUUGCCUUUAUGCAAAAUGGCAGAUGAAUUUCACAGUAACCUAUGAGACCACAAACAAAGAAUACAAAAAUGUCACCAUUUUUGAGCAUGGCAGCCCAACAUAUGCUGGAAGCGUUUGCAAGGAUGACCAUAACAGGUCCGUAAUUGAGGUGCAGUUUGUACCUGGCUUUUCUUGGACUGUGAAUUUCACCAAAGACUCUUCUAACUAUUUGAUCGAUGGUAUCUUAAUUUCCUACAACACAACAGAAAACUCCACGUUUCCCAAUGCAAAAGACAAAGGAGUUCAAACUGUUUACUACCCUGUUGGAUAUACAGUUCCAUUGAAUAACAUCUUUAGAUGCAGCAGUUUGUUACCUGUUGAUGAGAAGAAUGUGGUCCAUAACUAUUGGGAUGUCCAUGUACAAGCUUUUGUUGAAAAUGGCACAGUGAGCACAAAAGAGUUUGUGUGUGCGGAGGAUAAAGCGUCAACCACUGUGGCACCCAUCGUUCCCACCACCGCCACACCAGCUCCGACUACACCCACCCCAAAGAAGCCAGAAGUGGGCCACUAUGUGGUGACUAAUGGCAAUGGCACUUGCCUUCUGGCCACUAUGGGGCUGCAGCUGAACAUCACUCAAGAUAAGGUUGUUUCCAUUAUUAACAUCAACCCCAACACAACUGAUUUCUCUGGCAGCUGCCAGCCGCAGAGUGCUCUGCUGAGACUGAAUAGUAGUAGCAUCCAGUAUCUUGACUUUGUUUUUGCUUUGAAAAACGACAACCGGUUCUACCUGAAGGAAGUGAAUGCCAGCAUGAAUUUGGCUAACGGUUCUGUUUUCAGCACCGCAAAUAACAAUCUGAGCUACUGGGACGCACCCAUAGGAAGCUCCUACAUGUGCAACAAGGAGCAGACUGUUCAAGUGUCUGAAACCUUUCACAUCAACACCUUUAGUCUAAGGGUGCAGCCUUUCAAUGUGGCGGGCGGAAAGUAUUCCACAGCUGAAGAAUGUUCUGCUGACUCUGACCUCAGCUUUCUUAUUCCUGUUGCAGUGGGUGUGGCCUUGGGCUUCCUUAUAAUUGUUGUCUUUAUCUCUUACAUGAUUGGAAGAAGGAAAAGUCGUACUGGUUAUCAGUCUGUGUAAUCAAUUUUAUAUCACUUUUUUUUAAAUUUUUUUUUGCCAUGAGAAAUGAUGUUUUUACUGGCAAAAAAGCCAGGAAAUACUGUGCAGUUGAUUGUUGAUGAUACACAGCCUGACCUCAAUGAGCUGCCAGCUGACUUGAGCAUGAAUAGAGCUCAUUUAAUAAAAGGAAAAAAAGAAUGUAUCAAGAUCGAUUUUUCUCCCCUCUCCCCCCCCCAUCUUUUUCUUCCUUUGUUAAAGUGUGGUUGAAAGAAAAAUUGUAACUCCGAAUAUUUUCUUUGAGUAAACAAUGAUUUUAAACCCCCAGGAUCCAAUUAGGAAAGCAUUGCUACUGAAGGAUCAUUUUAAAUGUUGCAUUUCCUUGGGUUCUGCUCCUUGGAGUUUUCUUUGCAAAGUCAAAAGCUGUUAAGAGAGUUUAACUGACUUUAGGAAAAUCAACUCAACAGAAGAAUGCACUUUCAUUUGGCGGCACACAUAAAAUUUGGUUCUUGAUAAGACUUCCUUUCCGGGGCUGGGCGGUGGCGUACCUGGUUGAGCACACAGGUUACAGUGCUCAAUGACCCGGGUUCGAGCCCCCAGUCCCCACCUGCAAGGGGAAAGCUUCACAAGGGGUGAAGCAGGUCUGCAGGUGUCUCUCUGUCUGUCUCCCUCUCUGUCUCCCCUACCUUCUCGAUUUCUGGCUGUCUCUAUCCAAUAAAUAAAGAUAAUUAAAAAAUAAAUAAAAAGACUUCCUUUUCCCACUUCCUAAUCGGGAUUAUCGAAAUCUGUGUUUCUCGGGUUCAAAAAAGAAAAGGAAGAGAUGUCUUCAUGAGACUGUGUGUAAUAGCAAAAGUCUGGUCCGUUUCUUCAUCAUGGUUAAUGACGACUAUAUUUUAAGGGGAUGUCUUUUUCCUCCUCGCAUAUGGAAUAUGUUGAUUAUCAGGUUUGACAUUUAUGAUGAAGGAUGAAGUAAAAGCAUCAGCUUUGUUUGAGGGUAUGGAUACAAAAAUGGCUAUUUGUUUUAGGGUUAUGAUUUAAAUAUAUUUUCCUUAGCUUGCUCAGAAAGUCAAUUCUUCCUCCACUAGAAAGAAAAUCAAUUUUCUACUUUUUUUUUUGUGUGUGUCUCCUGCACUCUCCAGUCCCUGUAUGAAUAAUUCCUAGUAGAUAGUUUAAUGUAUUGAUGGAUUUUUUUUUCUCACAGCAGCAAGUGCUGACUCUAUAGGCUGGCAGGCCCUGAAGUGUCAUCUGUCAGAUGAUUAUCUAAUCAGAGUUGGACUGGGGCACUGCAUGAAUGUGUUGAUCUUGAUGCAGACUUAUGUCUGAAUAGGGACCUCUGAUGACUCUGCUUUCUAGAGGAAGAUAUCAGAGACCAGCCAUCCCAGUAUUGACUUGAUUGGCUGGGCUGUUGCAUUGCCCUUUUCUUUGGAAGCAUGGGGCUGUAUUUCUCUAGGGUCCACAUGGCUGCUUUAUACACCUGUUAUUAGCAGAGAGCUUAUGCUCAUGUUAUCAGAGAUCUUCCUUCACUUAAAAGACUGUUGCCUGGAUGACACAUUAAGCUUACUUUUACUGGGAGUCAGGCAGUAGCGCAGUGGGUUAAGCACACGUGGCGCAAAGCGCAAGGACCGGCUUAAGGAUCCUGGUUCGAGCCCCCGGCUCCCCACCUGCAGGGGAGUCACUUCACAGGCAGUGACACAGGUCUGCAGGUGUCUAUCUUUCUCUCCCCCUGUCUGUCUUCUCCUCUCCAUUUCUCUCUCUCUCCUAUCCAACAAUGAUGAUAUCAAUAACAAUAGCAGCAACAAUAAAAAAAGACAAGGGCAACAAAAGGAAAUAAAUGAAAUAAAAAAAUGUUAAAAAGCUUACUUUUACUAUAAUAGAAGUCAGUUAUUAAACCCAAGGAUUAAGUCCCCGUGUACCUCUUAGCACAGUUGAGGCACCUACCACUGUCUUGUUGCCCAGAACUGAUAGCAGAACACUUAACCAAUAACUGGAAUUGAAAUUCUUGUUAAAUAAAGGGGAAAAAAAAUCCAUUAGCAUCUUUCUUUACUCUAUUACCUGUAUUUGUGUCUCAAAGCAUGUAUUCCAAACAGGAGUAGGAGGUCAGAUUGCUUAAUCCCAUCUCCUUUAGAACUCUCUAGCUCUAACUUACAGGAGACAACUGCUGCUUUGCCAGCUGGUCCAAAUUAUGGCAACAUCAAGAUCUGUGGCUUCAUUUCAAUAAAUAUUUUUGAGAUGAUUAUCCGGAAGCCAGAUUAGAUAAAUCAGCUUGUGACCUUGUUAAAUUUAUGGGUUGGAAGUUCAGAUGUAUUCAAAAUUAUGGAUGGAAUAUUGAUAGCAUUUAAUUCUUCAUUAGGCAUCAUGGCGUUAGAUAACCAACAAACAUGCAUUUAAUUCUUACUGAGAAUAUGAUGCAGUGUAUUAACAGGGUUAAAACGAAUACUGCUUCAACUCCAAUAAAAUGCAGGGAGCUCAGAAAUCUAUGAACUGAGUGUGUGGUUAACCUUGUUGAGUUUAUUUUUAUGUACAUCAGACAGUAGAACUUUGAACUCUUUAAUUAUAAUGAAGCAUUUUCCACUUAAGCAUUUUUCGAAGAACUGAUGCUUGCUGCUACCUAAGGUUUUGAGUAUUUCGAUCUAGUGAACUAAUCAGUACCUGCAAAAUAAAGCAUAUUGUGGUACUACUGUGUGAUUUGAUGAUAUGUGAUGUCUGGAUCAAUGGAUUAAACGAUAAUAAAGAUGAUACAAUCCA